AUCACUUUGUAGCUUGUCCUCCUCCUCCUCCUCCUCCUGCUCCUCCUUAAUUAAUUCUUUUACUCUUUUACCUUACAGCUUCACCCUCUCCCAAAAUGGCUUCUCUAGCUCCAGGAAUCCUCUUAAAACUCCUCCAAUCAAUGAACUCCGCUGCCCGCGUCACCGGCGACCACCGAUCCCCUCUUCUCCAAGUAAUCGGCAUCGUCCCUGCUCUCGCCGGCUCCGAUCUCUGGCCUAACCAAGGCUUUUACGUCCAACUUUCCGACUCUCUCAACUCCACCUACGUCUCCCUCUCCGAACGCGAUACCGACCUUAUCCUCACGAAUCGCCUUCAGCUAGGCCAAUUUGUUUAUAUAGAUCGCUUCGAUUUCGAUUCUCCUGUCCCUAGGGUUUCUGGAAUCCGCCCUAUCGCUGGCCGCCACUCCUUUGUCGGUACUCCAGAACCUCUCAUUGCCCGAAUAUCAGCUUCCAAGAAAGAGUUUGUGAUUCAACCUGUCGCCGACUCCGAAUACUCUGUGGAUCCAAUUGCCGUCUACUUAUCCAACAACAAAAAAUUCGACGAAUUUCCAAGAAAUGAUCAUAAUAAGAAAGGCGAAGUGACGGCUAAAGUUACCAGACAAGCGCUUGCACCUCGAGAUAAUGUGAUGGUGGAUGAAACUGCUACUGCUAAGAGAUUUUCAUCUCCGGCUACUGCUAAGAGAUUUUCAUCUCCAGCUACUGCUAAGAGAUCUGUUUCGGUUGGGAAGAAAAAUGCCGCUUUGGUGGAGAGGGAUCCUUCUCCUGCGGCCAAAGGGAAGAGAUCAGCAUCUCCAGUGCCGUCCAAAUGUAUGGUUCCGAGCUUGCUGGCUGCCAAGGAGGAAAACAGGAAAGUUGCAAGGGAGCCAGCAAUUAUUGUUCCAUCCAGGUACAGGCAGCCAUCUCCGAGUGGGAGGAAGCAGCCUUCUCCCAAUGCUCGAAGGGCUUCGAUUUCUCCAGGGAAGAGGCUUUCUGGAGUGAAGCUUUCACCUGCUGUCUCGGACUCUGUUGGAAAGAAGAAGAUUGCAAAUAUUGUCGCUGGGAUUUCAAAAGUUUCAGAGGCGCUUGUUGGGUCUGCAAAGAGUAGUAGGAAGAAUUGGGAUGAGAUACCAGCUGCGGUGGGUUCAGGGGAGAUGAAAGAGAAGGGUGAAGCCAAGAAGAAACCGGAUCUGCAAGCGAUUUUGCGGACUCAGGCUGCCCUGUCUAGACGUCUAAGUGACGCAAACAGCCGACAAUCAAAUCAAGAUGAGACUUCGAGGUAUGAGAAAACAAAACCCAGUUCACCGGAAGGGUGUCUAGAUAUUAAGAAUCCAACCUGUGCAGCUCUUGGAUUCGUUGUACAUGAGAAGAAAUGGACUGAUGGUAGUGUUCCAUUAGAUGCGGUCUCUUCAGAACUUGCAAAGUUUGGAAAGGAGGCUAUGCAAAGGAGGGCUCUUGCUUCAACUGCUGCAGCUGAAGCAUUGGAGGAAGCAAUUGCUACGGAGUCUGUUGUUAGGAGUCUCAGCAUGUUUUCAGAACUUGCUUCUUCAUCCAAGGCUGGGAACCCUUUACCCACAAUUGAUCAAUUUAUCUCAAUUUAUGAUGAUGUUGUAAGAUAUAGUUCAAUUGCUGAAUCAGUCGCUGCUAGUCACUGCUCUGAUCAUGAUACUACAGCAACUGAGAAAUCAAAAUCUGCUUCUUUAUGGGUAGAAGCUGCCUUAGCUACUGAUCUUGAGAUUGUUUCUCUUCUGAGCAAUCAGAAGAAUGAACCUCCAACAGCUCUCCGAAGAAGUUUGUCCAAGAGACCACCUCAAAAGGCCAGCUCGUUACCAACAUUUGAUCCUAUUGUUGGGGUUUGGACAAGGGGCCAUGGAAUGAAGGAAACGGUAGAACUCUCUAUGAAGUUGCAGGUUGAGAUGCAAAUGUGGUUUGUAAAGUUCAUCGAGGAGUCCCUGGAUGCUGGUUUUCGGGUGUUAGGGGAGUGUGCUAAUAAUGGAAGUAAAUCAUUGCCCCUUAACUCUAGCUCAAUUGCAGCUGUCCUGUCCCAGUUGAAGAGAGUCAAUGAAUGGCUGGACCGCGUUGCAUUGAAAGGCGAUGAGCUUCUGACAGGAAAGAUUGAGAAGCUGAAGAAAAAAAUUUAUGGAUUUGUCAUUCAGCAUGUUGGAACUACAUUUGAUAACUCCUCCACCCCUGUCUAGUAUCUCUGCUUUGUUUAAGUUCCGCUUAAACAUAAACCACAUGCUACCUUCUCUUUCCUUUGCCCACCUGAUCGGUUCUUAACCAUAAUAUAUCUUCUUCUAACAAUUUGCAUUGCAUCAUUUUCAUGGAUAUUGACUUGGAAAAGUAUUAUUGCAAUUUAUUUUUUAAUUUAACGUCUUUAAA